UUGGGGAAGAGAAAUGACUUGGUUCUGGUAUGCGAGCUCGAACACCCCUACUUUGUGAUGGUUUAGUCCGAGAGCUGGCUGUGCCAGUGAGGGGGAAGAGAGCUAGUGCCCAUGCGCGAGUCUGUCACUUCCGCUAUCGGGGGAUACCGGAGCGAUGACUGCUACACUUCGCCCGUACCUCAACGCAGUUCGCGCCACUUUACAGGCAGCAUUAUGUUUGGAAAACUUUUCAUCCCAGGUGGUAGAGCGACACAAUAAGCCCGAAGUGGAAGUCAGGAGUAGCAAAGAGCUGCUCUUACAGCCAGUGGUUAUUAGUCGAAACGAGAAGGAAAAGGUACUCAUUGAGGGAUCUAUUAACUCUGUGCGUGUCAGCAUUGCAGUAAAACAGGCAGAUGAAAUUGAAAAGAUCUUAUGUCAUAAAUUCAUGCGCUUCAUGAUGAUGAGAGCUGAAAAUUUCUUUAUUCUGCGCAGAAAGCCUGUAGAGGGAUACGAUAUCAGCUUCCUGAUCACAAACUUCCACACGGAGCAGAUGUACAAGCACAAGCUGGUCGACUUUGUGAUUCAUUUCAUGGAGGAGAUUGACAAGGAGAUCAGCGAGAUGAAACUGUCAGUCAAUGCUAGAGCACGUAUCGUAGCUGAGGAGUUCCUAAAGAAUUUUUAAUGUAUGUGGAUGGGCUGCAGGAUGUGACUUCCUCGUUUUGCUCCAGGAUCUCUGCGUUGCUGCCGUCAUUGGCUGGGCAGGGGAUAUUAGGGCCAAGGGAGGGGGCUUGCAUUUAAAUGCAGAAUAAAGAGGCAGUGAAUGUCUGUCAAAAAGAUACCUCCAGGGGGGAAAUGUACAUGGCAUUUACCUUCAUUCCAAAAUCCCCCACAGGAUGGGACAGAAAUAUUUUUUAUUGUUAUUUUGAGAGAGAAAUGAUGUGCUUGUCUGAAUCUGUAUUCUUUUUUUUUUUUAUUAUCAUUGCUUCUAUUUCCUUCUGCAGCCUCUUCAAAAGGGCCUCCCAAUUCUAUCAGUAAAUGCCCACAACUGGAAUCUCAGUGGCACUGAAGGGGUUAAUCCUUGAUACUCCCUAAAAACCAAGGAUUAAAUGAUAAUGUGUAACAUCAGCAGGGUCUAUACUACGUUCCUAUACAUUAAGCUGCUGGCCUGCCCCUUGUGUUGUUAUAAAUUUGGGCUUAUCAGGAAAACAAAUACUCCUUAAUACUGCCAUAGUAUCUAGCGGUACUGUAAUCCGUUGUUUUUCCUGUUACUAAGGCUAUAAUGUGACCGUGCUCUUGUACAGCCAUUACAGUGGAGAGCUCGGCCUCUGCUCUGAAUCCGGUAGGAGAUUCUCCCCCGGUGGGCCUGACACACAGACUGUUGCCAAAUGAUACGGUUGAACCUUGAGACAGUUCUCUGUCAUGUACUCUGAAAGGUUUCCAAGGAGUUUAGUUCCCACAACAUGUUGGAAAGUUGUAUCUCCUGUUUCUUCUGCUUUUUUUGCACUUACUGUAGAUUUUUUCUUAUUCAAAAAAAAAAAAAAAAUAAAGCCUUUUGUCCUGUC